AUGGCACUUGUGAAAGCUUCUCCUGUUAUAGCUGAUGUAGUUACGGUAAGUGAUAUAACUAUUAGGAAAAUCGUCGAAAUCGACGAAAGUCACAUGUAUAAAGCGAAAUACAACCGUGGGCACAUGCUAAGAAGAAAAUCUAUCUGGAUAUUUGGCAUGACUGAACGUCACACAAAUAAAGUGGCAAUGUUCCGCGUGAAGCAACGAGAUGCAGCAACUCUACUCCCGAUCAUUAGAGCACAUGUCAAACCAGGCUCUAUGAUUGUAUCCGAUGGUUGGGCCGCCUACGGAGGCAUCAGCACCCUCCAGAGAGCGUUUACACACAGAUGGGUCAAUCACAAAGAAAACUUUGUUGACCCCAGCGAUCGACGAGUUCACACUCAGUCUAUUGAAGCCACAUGGGGUGCUUUCAAACGGGAACUCAAAGCGAAAUAUGGCGUCCCAGAAGAUCAACUCGACGGAUACAUGUCGACAUACAUGUUUAGACGAUACUUCGGAAGAAAAAAACUUCUGAACCACCUUCUGAUCGAGAUGAAGUAUUAUAAGAAAGAAGAUGACUAUGAUUCAAGUGAAUCUGAAAUCUCCACGGAUGAAAGCUCUGAUUACUACGACGGUGAAGACGAGUCCGAUUCCAGCGACCCGAAUCAUGGAGACGACGAUGAUGAAGACGGAGCAGAUAGUACAGUUGAUGAUAAUAAUGUCUAUGAUGGUUAUGAUGGUUAUGACGAUUAUGAUGGUUAUGAUCAUUAUGAUGAAUAUGAUGAUGACGAUAUCCAAAACGAAGAUGAACCAGAGUUUGAGGAAGAGCAGGAGAGAGAGCAGGAAGAAGAGCAAAACGGAGAGCAGGAGGGAGAAGGCGAGGAUGAUAGACAAAAAGAGGAGCAGGAUGAGGAGCAGGAUGAGGAGCAGGAUAAGGAGCAGGAUGAGGAGCAGGAAAAGAAUCAGGAAGAUGAGUACGAAGAUGAACAGGAAGAGGAAGAUCAAUUGACUGAAGCACCGACCACGAAAAUCUUCAGAAAAAGAAAACAGACAAACCAAAUGGCUGCUCGUUUGAAUCGAAAUAGAAACGAACGUCGAAGUUCUUCUACCGCUUCUACAAUGAGAACCACCACCUCUUCUAAGCCAGAAAUGAUUAUCAAAACCAACAGACCAAUUUCGUCAACUACACCAAGGCAAACGACGACCAAAACUCGAAAACCUCGGAAGAAGACACAAAGUCGAAAAGCUGAUCCUACAACCACCAUCACAACCACAGCAACCAUGAGGACCACGACCACCAUGAGAACAAGACGAACAACUUCCCAUCAGUCGAGACGAACCACGACAGAACCUCGUACGAAACGGACGACGUCUGCCCCUGAAACGAGACAAACAACCAUCACCACUCAGAAGACUCGGAAUGAUAGAAGAAGACGCGGGCGGCCCACUACCACCACUCCAAGAUCGACUACCAUUACUCCAAGAUUCACAACCACUACUCUAAAAUCCACUUUCACCGGCCGAAGGAAGUUCAAAGGACGCGGAUAA